UGGGUCUUUUUGCCCCUGAUUUGGUUGGGUUCUGAUACUAUUUUACUAGUACUUUGAAAAGUCUUUACACAUGGUGUGAAUAUGAGGGAUAAGGUUUCAACUUUUUGCGGUUUGGCUUUUGCGAUCUUCUUUUCAGUGUCAUCCUUUUGAAACCUUUACGUUUUUUGGUGCCUUUUUCAAUACUGACAAGCAGUUGGUCAAGCACUCUAUGCUCGAGAAGCUGGUGAAAAUUAGGGUUUUAUUUACUUAUUUUUUCUCUUUUUCUACCGUUUGGCGGUCUAUCAAUCAUGGUGUUUCAUAAAUUUUCCCUUUGAUAGAUUUUGUAUUGUAGAGAGGGAAAGAAAGGUGUGAACUGUGGACGGUGGAUCAGAGAGAAAACUGUUCUUCUAUUUCUUCUAUGCCCUUUUUCUUCUAGGGAGGGAGUGCAAAGUCAUGCAUGGAGCGUUGACAAUGAAACUGCUUUUUCUCUCUUUCUGAUGAAAAUGCUGUUGUAAUGACCUUGAUUCAACGCUGGAGGUGGCUGAAGCUUUUAAGGUCAAUAGUUGAUGGACAAGAAACAGGAACAAAAUCCAAGCAUAUCCUUGCAAAACUGAUAGCCACCUUUCCGAUGAACCAAAAGUCAGGGAGAUUAUAUUCAUAAAAUAGAAUAGAGAGAUAAAAGAGAGAAUAGAAAAGGGUGUUCUUUUUGUUUUCCCAUUUGGAUGAGUUUUCAGGGUUUGAUGAUCAGUGGCUGUAGUAGUAGUGUUAAUAGUGGCGGUGGUGGGGGUUCAAAGAUUGUGGCUGAUAUUGUUACACGCAGCAAUACCAUGCAUAGUGGUGGCAUUGCUCAUCAGCCACCAGUCCUAACUCCAUCUAUUCCCAAAUCACCCGCCCUCUUCCUGUCUCUUAAAGGCAAGAUGGAUAGUCACGGUGACAUGGGUCUACUUGGGGAACAUUUUGAUCCUAGUGUAAUGGGGAGGAUCAAGGAGGAUGGUUAUGAGAGCAGGUCUGGCAGUGAUAAUCUGGAAGGUGCCUCUGGGGAUGAUCAGGAAGCUGGAGAGGAUCAACGGGCCCGGAAAAAGAAAUACCAUAGGCAUACUCCUCAUCAAAUACAAGAGCUUGAAAUUUUCUUUAAGGAGUGUCCUCAUCCUGACGAAAAACAAAGGAUGGAGCUUAGCAGGAGGCUUGGCUUGGAAAGCAAGCAAAUCAAGUUUUGGUUCCAGAAUAGGCGAACCCAAAUGAAGACCCAAUUGGAACGACAUGAGAAUAUCAUCCUUAGACAAGAAAAUGAUAAGCUCCGAGCUGAGAAUGAGUUAUUGAAGCAGAAUAUGGCAGACCCAAUUUGCAACAGCUGCGGUGGCCCUGUGGUUCCUGGUCCGGUAUCUUAUGAGCAACAGCAAUUAAGGAUUGAAAAUGCUCGACUCAAGGAUGAAUUAGGUCGUGUUUGUGCUUUGGCCAAUAAGUUCUUAGGUAGGCCGCUAUCUUCGUCGGCUAGUCCUAUCCCUCCUUUUGGCUCAAAUUCCAAGUUGGAUCUGUCAGUUGGGAUAAAUGGGUAUGAUUAUGAAGGUUUAGGCAACAUAGAGACGACAUUGCCAAUUGGACUUGAUUAUAAUGAUGGGAUUACAAUACCAUUAAUGAAGCCAAUGACUAGUCCUAUGGUCAAUGAAGUUCCUUAUGAUAGAUCUAUGUUUAUAGAGCUUGCAUUGGCAGCUAUGGAUGAAUUGAUUAAAAUAGCUCAGAUUGAUAGUCCUCUUUGGAUCAAAAGCUUGGAUGGAGGGAAGGAUGCCCUGAACUAUGAGGAGUAUAUGAGGAUGUUUUCCCCUUGUAUCGGUGUGAAACCCAGCAGCUUUGUUACCGAAGCUACAAGAGAGACUGGUACAGUAGUCAUCAGCAGCUUGGCUCUCGUUGAGACUUUAAUGGAUGUGAAUCGGUGGGUAGAAGCAUUUCCGGGUCUGAUUGCUAGAGCCUCUACAGUUGAUGUAAUUUCGAGUGGCAUGGCUGGAACUAAGAAUGGUGCUUUGCAAGUGAUGCACGCAGAGUUUCAAGUGGUUUCACCUUUUGUCCCUGUGCGUCAAGUGAGGUUCCUUCGGUUCUGCAAGCAGCAUGCAGAGGGCGUCUGGGCUGUGGUUGAUAUUUCUAUUGAUGCAAACCAAGGAAGUUUAAAUUCACAACCAUUUGUUGUUUGCAGGAGACUUCCUUCAGGCUGUAUUAUACAAGAUAUGCCCAAUGGUUGCUCCAAGGUUACCUGGGUGGAACACUCAGAGUAUGAUGAGAGUGCAGUUCAUCAACUCUAUCACUCAGUACUUAGUUCUGGAAGGGGCUUUGGUGCUCAGAGGUGGGUUGCCACCCUAAAGCGGUACUGUGAGUGUGUGAUGAUCCUUACGUCGCCAACCAUUUCUGGUGAUGAUCAGACAGUGAUAAAUAUAAGUGGUAAGAAAAGCAUGGUAAAGCUAGCACAGCGCAUGGUGGAUAACUUCUGUUCUGGAGUCUGCGCUUCAUCUCUACGCAAGUGGGAUAAGCUUCUAGUUGGAAAUGUGGGUGAAGAUAUGAGGAUUUUGACCCGAAAGAAUAUUAAUGACCCUGGCGAACCACCUGGUAUCGUGCUGAGUGCUGCAACUUCUGUUUGGUUGCCAGUUAUGCGGCAGAGAUUAUUUGACUUCUUGCGUGAUGAACAGCUGAGGAGCGAGUGGGACAUUUUAUCACAUGGUGGGAUGAUGCAGGAAAUGGUCCACAUUUCAAAGGGUCACAGCGGUGGGAAUUGUGUUUCUCUCCUGCGUUCAAGUGCUGUUAGCCCAAAUGCAAAUGAAAACAGCAUGCUAAUAUUGCAAGAAACAUGGAAUGAUGCCUCAAGCUCUCUUGUAGUGUAUGCACCUGUUGACAUACCGUCAAUGAGUGUGGUGAUGAAUGGUGGGGAUUCUACCUAUGUGGCUCUCUUGCCAUCAGGAUUUGUGAUUCAUCCAUAUGAUUCAAUCGGUCAAGGGGGCCCAAAUUUCUGCAAAGGGACUUUGGUAAAAAGAAAUGGUGAUGGGGGUGAUGGAGAAGGAUCUCUACUUACAGUUGGAUUCCAAAUUUUGGUGAAUAACCUUCCUACAGCAAAGCUCACAGUGGAGUCAGUAGAGACGGUGAAUAAUCUGAUCUCAUGCACAAUUCAGAGGAUCAAAACAGUGCUUCAACUAACAUAGCCUCAAAGGGAAAUGAAAUUAUUCUUGCUACUUAGCUAAGUUAACUUUUUUUGGGUUUUAGUUUUUGAACACAUAUUAUGAGGAAAAUAUAGCAGAUAGAAUUGGAAAUCAAAGGGGGUUAGGGAUGAAAAAAGGGGUUUCGAGUCAAGAACGAACCGCAAGUGGACAAACAGACUGUGGGCGGCUAAUUUGAAACAGGUGGCGGGUUAGUGGUUCGGGUAUUGACUUAGUCGGACCCGCGAGGCGCUUAGCUCACUCCCACUUGGCAAAAAUCUUUUGUUUCAUCUUACACAGAAAAACAAGGAGGAAUAGACAAUCUUCCUUUUACGUUAACUGUUGGGAAUUUUAGGUUGUCAUUUUGACUAAUAUUUUGGUUGGAAUGUUUCUUCUGGCUCUUUUUGGAUUU